GACCACCAGCAGCGUCCAAACGGAUUACGAACCUUGAGAUUUGAACCUCUCCAACCAAGAAACACCACAAGAACCAUGAGUACUGCUGCUGUCCAGCAAAACCGGCCUUUCAGCAGAGCCGUCAGAAAGAUCAAGGUGGCUUCGACGGUGAACAGCCUCGCCAAAAGCUGGCAAAGCUGGGCGAACAAACAUACCGACAAGCAAGACACGAUCCCAAGUGGAUGGAUGCCUGAUACCAUCAUUGAAGAUGCAAAAGAGAAGCAGAAGGAGAAGAGUGAGAUGAAACUCUUGGUUACGCCUCGCGUGGUUUCGGUGAACAGCGAAGAAGCUGCAGACGACCAGAUCAAGACCGUAAUGGUGACUAAAGCCAUCACACCAAAGUGUAACGAAUACGGGAAAGACCUAGUGAGCGUCAUCAAGGAGAAGAUCAACACCAAUCAGCUUACAUCAGAAGAUACCAAAAACUUUCUUGGUAAUGAAUCUCCCACCAGAAGACGCUACUGUGGUGGCAAAGCAGGGACUUUGGCUAAAGUGCUUGGACAGAAAGAGGAAAAGACAAUGGGAUCCCGAAGUAGCGGUUCAGAUGCUGAGGACAGUGGUCUUGGGGAGGAAGCGUCUCUGAGCGACAACAGUGAUCAGAAUGAGAGCGAACCGAAGAAACAUGUCAACAGACACAAGAUUAAAAUAGCCACGAUGAACGACUUGAGGAGCAAGUGGCAGCGGUUCGCUGAAGACCACAUUGAAGGUCAGAAGCUCAACCCUUUCAGCGAAGAGUUUGACUAUGAACAUGCCAUGGCUAUUCGACUCCACAAGGGCGAUGCGGGAUACGGGCGGCCCAAAGAUGGAUCCAAAACAGCCCAGCGGGCCGAUCGGGCCCAGAAACACAUCUACCGUGAGAUGGAGGAGAUGUGCUUUAUCAUACACGACAUGGGCCAGCGGGAUAAAGAGGGUCGUAUCUAUGUCUCCUUCGGCCGCCUGUUCGACCGCUAUGUCAAAAUCUCCGAUAAAGUUGUGGGAAUUUUGUUGCGCUGUCGCAAACACAAGAUGGUGGACUUUAAGGGUGAAAUGCUCUGGAAGGGCCAGGAUGAUGACAUUAUAAUCACAUUACUAGUUUAAUUUUCCAGAAGGUUGCCAGGAUGCAGUGUAAAAGAAGUCAUAACUUAUUUUACUGAACUUCUUUUACCUUCAUUUUUCAGUUGUUUUCAAAAUACUGUAGCUUUUCCACUACUUUUUUUUCAACAAGUAGCAGUGUUACAUGUCAAAAUGUUGCAAAAGCUACUCAAAUUCU